CAUUGUACCACAAUUACGCCGUCACCUGUCUCCAAGGCCCCCGCUACCGUGUUGUAUCGUCGUUACAGUGUACGCACUCUUGCUGCCCUGAUCCAUAGUGACAUUAUCAACGGCCCCUCGUGACCUCGUGACCGCUAUUUCGAUUGAUGAGUGCGAUCUGAACUGCCUUUGUCUCCCCUGCUCCUGGGAGCAUUGUUUGUGAGCAUCAGUAGUACCAAUAUGCCAUCCAAGACAUCUGCCAAAAAGAUGGCGCCUACACCGACAUCCACAGACGAUAUCCGCCUACGGCGCAUGGCACGUCCUUCAAAAGAGUCUGUAGAAAAGCAAUUAUCUAUACCAGAGACCAUUUCGCCUUUGGAUAACUAUCCUCCAUUGCUCCGCAUUCCAUCCGAAAUCCGGAGAGAGAUUUUCAGAUAUGUCUUGCCAUCGUCAAACAAACGUUUCAUCUUGUACACCGAUUGCGACUCGAGGUCCAUAAGCCGGAAAUGGAAUAAGAUCUGCCGUCCCCAUCCCGACCCACACCUGACUCUCGACGUCUUACGAACAAACCGACUUAUUUACCACGAAUGCCUCUCAGUACUCUAUUCCGAGAACCAAUUCCAUUUUUAUGCAUUCAACUAUUUGCCUGUUUUGGACUUUAUACGCCAUCUGAGUCCCGAGGCAAAGAACCAGGUGCGCAACGUGCGACUCACACCUUUGACGGAUAAGCAAGAUGACCCACCGGCAUCACACGAUGUCUUCUGUACUGUCAUACACGAUUCAUUACCCGGGCUCAGCCAACUUCAAGCCGACCCGGUGGUCUUCUUCUAGGAGACUGGCUACUGUUCGUUCUUCAGGCCACACUUCUUCUUCUCUUCCUCUAUCCGAGUAUAUAGACGGGCAGAUGCGCAUCAGUGUUGGGUACACGUGUAGCGCAUCUACGAACUUGCCCACGAAUUGAUCUUUACAUGGCGAUUAUCUUCGCCUCCAAAAUUUGUGCGUCAUUUACCACAUGUUAUGCCCAAUUGUCUCAAACUUUCCGAUGUUCAAUUCCUGCAUAUUAG